AUGCGCGAGUACGACCUCGAGCCGCAGGUGGCCUUGACCAUGCCGCUCCUGGAAGGACUGAACGGCACCGAGAAGAUGUCGAAGAGCCUCGGCAACGCGGUGGGCGUCACCGAACCGCCGGACGAAAUGUUCGGCAAGCUGAUGUCCAUCAGCGACGAUUUGACCUUUCGCUAUUACGAGCUGCUGACCGACCGCACUCCCGCGGAGAUCACGGUUCUACGGAAGGGAGUAGCGGACGGCACCCUCCAUCCCAAGCACGUCAAGCAGGCUCUGGCCGCUCAGAUCGUGGCGGACUUUCAUUCCCCCGAUGAGGCGGCCUCGGCGCGGGAACGCUUCGAAUCGGUCUUUGCAAAGGGGGCCGUCCCGGACGAGAUCCCGUCGUUCUCCGCGCCUCCGAGCCUACAGAUGCUAGACCUGCUGACCUCCGCUGGACUUGCGGGAAGCCGGAGCGAGGGACGCCGCCUAAUUGCCCAGGGGGCCGUCUCGUUUGACGGGAACCGGGUGCUUCACGAUCUUCCCGUCGCGCCUCCUCCGGGCGGGGCGGUGCUUCGGGUCGGGAAGCGGCGGUUUCUCCGGGUCCUGCCGCCUCCCGCGGCGAUGUCCUGA